CCUGCAGGCAGCAGCUCUAUACUUUCAGACAGCCAGUGUGUGUCGGGGAGAACAUUGCUGUCGUGUUUCUGUGUAAGCGAGAUUGCGUGUGUGUAAUAUUAUAUGUGCGUGUUUGCGUGUGUGAGUUAGUGGUUAAAGCAGCCUCUUAGGAUGAGAGGCAGAGAGAGACAGACGGUGUUGUGAUUGAGAGUUGGCAACAUCGCCUCUCUGCCGCCUCACCCAGUCCUCAUCCUGCCCUCCUCUCCUUUCUCUUUCCUCUGGCUCUGAUCUACAACACCGCUGGGAUGUCUUCUUCUCCAGGAUCCAUGGACGGCAGCCAGAGGAAUAGCUCAGAGAAGGUGCAACCUCACGUGAAGGAGGUGGAGCCUGCCCAGGUGAAGCCAAAGGAGGUGGAGCCUGGCCAGUUUAAGCUAAAGGAGGCGGAGCUUGCCCAGGCAAAGAUGAAGGAGAGGCAGAAGUUCUUUGAAGAGACAUUCCAGCAAGACAUGGAUCAGUACCUGUCCACCGGCUACCUGCAGAUCAGUGAGAGGAGAGGAAGCUUUUCGUCCAUGGAGGUGAACGUGGACAUGCUGGAGCAGAUGGACCUGUCCGACCAUGAGAGCUUUGACGUCUUCCUCCUCUCUGGGGGAGAGGACAACAACGCUGCCUCCCCCAUGCUAGGUCCAGACGUUGACUCGUUAACCACAGAGAUCACCCUGCAGGUUCCCACCCAGGCUGAGCUAGGAAACAAGCUGUCCUCCCUCUCCUCCACAUGCACUGACAGCCAGGACACCGAGGCUGGGGACGAUGAUGAAGAGGGAAGGGAGGACAGCAGCCACCGUCCUGUUGGGGUGCAGAGGUUCCCCCCAACACUGUCCUAGCAGAGAGGCCACCACCCCCCACCCAGAAGCAAGACACUUAAACACUGAGGACAGCAGCUCACAGGCCACAUAAGGGCCAGAGUAGGAGCUAAGACAAUGAACAGACCGAAACCCUGAGAGGAUGGGAGCUAAGACAUUGAACAGACCGAAACCCUGAGAGGAUGGGAGCUAAGACACUGAACAGACCGAAACCCUGAGAGGAUGGGAGCUAAGACACUGAACAGACCGAAACCCUGAGAGGAUGGGAGCUAAGACACUGAACAGACCGAAACCCUGAGAGGAUGGGAGCUAAGACACUGAACAGACCGAAACCCUGAGAGGAUGGGAGCUAAGACACUGAACAGACCGAAACUGAGUGGAAUAUAUGCGAUGCACUGGAUGCAUGGAGGAAGAGAUUCGUAAUUUGUUUCCUGUAUUUUCAUCCUUUUCUGUAAAGAAAUAACUCCAUGUUGAACAUUGUGGUUACAGUAUUAUUCCCCCGUAAUCUCUCGACUUGGUAAUAAAUAUUUCACCACCCUGUACUACCAUUUGUCAUACUGAUACCUUAAAAGUUAUUUCAUAAUGAAAUGAAACUGGAA